CUCUUUCUCUCCGCCUCGGUUGAUCACCCCAUUAAAUCUCAGGCGUGAGGAGCCCGUUACAGGCUCCGCCCCACCACCACGCCACCAUGUACUAUGUACACGACAGUCUUUUGUUUACGUUGUUGAUCCAAUAGCAGUAUUGUAAUUGAUUGUAGUAGGUGGGUUUGUUUGAGUAAUACGUUCUUAGUGUUUGAAGAAUGUCCACAUUCAUUUCACAUUGCACUUCGGUUUAGUUAUCUUUGCAACAUUUGAGUGUAAACUUACUGAAGUAUAACAAAUAAGUGAUCUUUCUCAUCGGUGCUGUUGUCUGUUGUCAUCUAUAAAGUCGGAGUUGAAAUCUUCAAGUGCGGAGAAGCCGCAAUGGACUCACUCCCAUUGUUAGUACUGGAUAAAAUCGCAGAGCACCUGACACCCUACGAGCUGGCAGCGUGUUCUGCCGUUAGUGUGGGCUGGAGGGAUGCCUUCAACCAGGACAGUCUGUGGAGGCCACACUGCAACAAGGACACGGCAGAGUACCUGGAGACUGCGGAGAGUAGAGUGGAGCCGAGGUUUGAGUCUCCGGAGUUGGAGGACAGCACGCUGAGUCCUGUCUGUCGCUGGCGGAUGUGUUACAUGCGUGAGACUCACUUGCGGAGCAACUGGAGACAUGGCAGAUCCGUCAAGGAAAAUAUAAGCAUCGUAGAGAACUUCGGAGACAAGUUCUGCAUGUUUGUCUCUGACGAUUAUGUGCUACUGUCAAGUGGAAUAAAAUUAAUGUUGUGGGACGUUAGAGGAUCUCCAGUUUAUAUAGGAGAACCAAUACAUUUACUCUUUGAAUCAGAAGGUAUCAGGUUGGUACAAAUGAUCAACUCCAACAUAGUCUUGAUUGUUCAAGAAAUAUCUGUACAAGUUUAUUGUUUUAAAUCCAUUUUAGACAAAACCUGGGAAUUAAAACACGUUUUCUUUUUUGAUGAAACUCAAACUGUUUCAUCUAGUGACGAAGUUAGCCUUAUGGCUGUUAGAAAUGAAAAAUCCUAUUUGUUUUGUAGUUCCGAUUGCCGUAGGCAAUAUAUUCAUUGGUUACUCCUUAACGUACCCAACAGUUUUACACAUUUGGAAUGUUGA